UAUGUCGCGCUCCUAGUUAGAGAAGCCCGGAUGGAGGACGCAGAGGCACGCUGUUGCCAUGGCAGUUUCUUCCUGGCUGCCGCGGAGGCAGGUGCGGGUCUCCGUGGCCUCAAUGUGAAGAGCUUAGAAAGACGAGGAGAGAACUCCCCCGGCCAUCUCUGUGACCCCAGCCGCUGCAUUUUACACAGACAAUGAAUGAAAAUAAAGAUGCUGAUUCAAAAGAAAGUGAAGAAUAUGAAGAUGACUUUGAAAAGGACCUGGAGUGGUUAAUUAAUGAAAAUGAAAAAAGUGAUGCUAGCAUAAUAGAGAUGGCUUGUGAGAAGGAAGAGCAUAUUAACCAAGACUUAAAAGGGAAUGAAACAGUAAUAGAACACACCAAACAGCUUUCUGAUCCUGACAAAUCUUUGCAGGAUGAGAUCUCACCAAGAAGAGAUGACUUCAUUUCUGUACCAAGUAGUCAACCUUCAGAUCCCAUAUCAGAUUCAGAUAGUGAAAACUCUUUCCAGGAAUCCAAAAUAGAAAGCCAGAAAGACUUGGAGGAUGAAGAGGAUGAGGAAGUAAGGAGAUAUAUUAUGGACAAAAUUGUACAAGCUAACAAGCUUCUACAGAAUCAAGAACCUGUGAAUGAUAAAAGGGAGCGGAAACUUAAGUUCAAGGACAAAUUAGUUGAUUUGGAAGUUCCUCCACUAGAAGACAAAAAUUAUGUUGAAAAUGAAAGGAAUAUGUUUGGAAAACUGUCACAGUUAUGUAUUUCCAAUGAUUUUGGACAAGAAAAUGUGCUCCUGUCACUUCCUAAUGGAAGCUGUGAAGAAAACAAGGAUAGGACAAUACUGGUAGAGAGAGAUGGAAAGUUUGAACUUGUGAAUUUACAAGACAUUGAGAGUCAGGGAUUUUUGCCUCCUAUUAAUAAUGCAAAUAGUACAGAAAAUGACCCUCAGCAGUUGUUACCAAGAUCUUCUAAUUCCUCUGUCAGUGGCAUCAAGAAAGAAGAUUCUGCAGCAAAGAUUCAUGCUGUCACUCACUCAUCAAUAGGGGAGCCGCUGGCUUAUAUCCCUCAGCCACCGCUCAACCGCAAGACUUGUCCAAGCUCUGCUGCCAACUCAGAUCGAAGUAAAGGGAAUGGGAAAUCUAAUCACAGGACGCAGUCUGCACAUAUCUCACCAGUGACCUCAACAUAUUGUCUUUCCCCUCGACAGAAAGAACUACAAAAACAACUAGAACAAAAGAGAGAAAAGCUCAAAAGAGAGGAAGAGCAACGGAAAAUAGAAGAAGAGAAAGAAAAAAAGAGAGAGAAUGACAUAGUAUUUAAAGCAUGGUUGCAAAAGAAAAAAGAGCAGGUCUUAGAAAUGAGGAGAAUUCAGCGAGCAAAGCAAAUUGAAGACAUGAACAGUAGAGUCAUUUGCAUCUCGUUAUUGGGCCACGAGAAACAGCAGCCUGACCCUCAGUUUAGUCUGGGAACAAGAUUUGGUGCACCAGCCAGGAGUGACCAGGAUGGUGCUACAUGCAGCAGCCAGCAGCUUGUGAGGAGACAGUCUUCAGGAGGAUCCCAGCAGCUGCUGGUGAGAUUUUCCUGGGGACCCUCUUUAAGGCUGUCCUGGGCUCAAAAGUGCAUGUCCCUUUCACUGUUGGGGAAGAACGGCAAUCAGGAGUGGACACACUUAAAGGGUGAGUUAACCGAAUCUUAUGCCAGGAGCCUGCUAUUUUCCUAUCUGGGCUUGUUAAGCCAUUUGUCCGGUACUGCCAAGGGAAGCAAUAAGGCUUGGUAAUACAAUUGCUUUGCAUUUCGUUUGAGAUAAGGUUUUGAGUCUGUUUUCCCUGACUCAAAACACUCCCCCUUAUGUUGUCCAAAAUUUGUUUCCACUUCUUGUGUUUCUGUCUUACUCCUUUUGAUACCAUGUAAACUAGAAAAUGGGAGGUACUGGGUCCAUUCCUGCUGACAGGCCUCUGGGAAGGAAAAUAUAGUUUUUAGGAGCUCAAUGGUUAAAAUUCAGCUUAAUUAAAAGCUAACAUCCGAGAUAUGUAUAUGUAUGUGUGCAUGUUUAUA